AUAUACUUCCAAAUUGCAACACCCCACUAUUUAUUUCCACUUCUUCCCCCUUUUCCCCAUACUCCAAAUUAAUAUUAACCGUAUCUUCCUUAUUCACCAACUGCAAUUACCUUCCUCAAUCCUCUAUUUUAUUUAAAAAAAAAAAGAAAUAUUUAACAUUAUUCAGUGACGACUCAUAUACCUGUAAUAUACGCCAAUUGUACACUCAAGAAUCAAAGCAUGGAUCAUUUUGGUAAUUUAAUAAAGGAAGAGUUCGAUGGAUCAUUUUCGACGCCUCGACCAUUAGAAGGUCUUCAUGAGAGUGGACCUCCACCAUUUCUUACAAAAACAUACGAACUUGUGGAUGAUCCAAGUAGCAACGACGUCGUUUCGUGGAGUAGAGGUAACAACAGUUUCAUUGUAUGGGAUCCCCAGAGCUUGGCCAUCAAUCUUCUUCCAAGGUAUUUCAAGCAUAACAAUUUCUCAAGCUUUGUCAGGCAGCUCAAUACUUAUGGAUUUAGGAAAGUAAAUCCAGACCACUGGGAAUUUGCUAAUGAAGGUUUCUUGAGGGGGAAAAAGCAUCUCUUGAGAACAAUUAGAAGGCGAAGAACAACUAAUAAUUUUAUCAAGUCUUCAUCAUCAUCAUCAAGCCAAGGUAUGGACUCAUCAUCAUCAUCAUGUGUUGAGUUGGGCAGCUUUGGAUCAUUCGACGAAGAAAUUGAUCGAUUAAGGUGCGACAAGCAAGUUCUCAUGAUUGAACUUGUUAAACUUAAACAACACCAAAAGACUACUAAUUCACACCUUCAAGCUAUGGAACAGAAACUUGCAGGCACAGAAAUGAAGCAACAGCAAAUGAUGAAUUUCUUGGCUAAAGCAUUACAAAAUCCAAACUUUGUGGGGCAGAUAAUGCAACAAAAGGAUAAAAGGAAGGAACUUGAAGAGGCAAUUAAGACGAAGAGAAGGAGGCCAAUUGAUCAAGGUCCUAGUAAUAUAAAGUUAGAACCUCAAGAUUUUGGUGAUGAUGAUUAUAUCAAUAAUGAAUUUGAUGAUGAUUUGGAAGUUGCUAUGAACAUGCAAUUGGAAGAAGAUUGUUAUGUAGAAUAUAUGGGAAAUAUAGAAUUAGGUGGAGAUAAUGAAGGACUUUGGGAGGACAUGUUGAAUGAGAAUGUUGAAGAUGAGAUUAUGGCUUUGCUUGGUACUGAUCAACAAGAGGAUGACCAAGUUCAUGUAGAUAUUUUGUCUGAAUGAAUAACUUGAAUUUCUAGGAAUAAACCCUCAAUUUUUGCUGCCUCAUGAUUUCUGGAUUAAUGUGUUAGCUCUUAAUUAAUUGGAAUCAUGAUUUGAUUAGUUCAGUUUUACUUGUAUACAUCACUCAUAACUCAUGACUGUCCCAUGCAUAAACUUGGUUUAAUUUGCA